ACCCAUCACUACUACCUAACUGGUAUUCUAUGCACAAUGGCGCUUGUAUUUCGAAAACAAAUGUUACAGAAAUGUUAUUCCAAAGUAAUUGCACCGUUGUUGGAAAAAGCAAUUAUUUACAGAAAUUUUAUUUCAAGUUCAGCCGGAAGACUCCCGGCGAUGGCCUGCGCGGAGCCGCUCGUGGCGUGCGUGACGAGGCAGCUGUCCCAGGGAGCCGUGCCGGAGGUCCUUGCUAAGCCGGUCCACCAGGAGGAGGUCGUGGAAGACCACGAACAAGAUGACCACAUCACGAGAGAUGUUAUAUCCAAGGUUAACAAACAGAUAGAGAGUAAAUCGCAUGGUCGACUAUUUGCCAUCGUCCACAUAUGUGGCAAGCAGUUCAAGAUCACUGACGAGGAUAUAAUUAUAAUAGAAGGUCACUGGCCACCAGAAAUGGGAGAUGAGUUGAAACUGGAAAAGGUUCUCAUGGUGGGAGGAUCUGACUUUACUCUUAUUGGACGCCCUGUUUUAUCUGCGGAACUUGUCACAGUCAAUGCCACUGUUAUAGAGAAGACCUUGUCAUAUGUGAAAACAAGAUUCAGGAAGAAGAAGAGGAAGCAGUACAUGAGGAUAAACUUCCAUCGUUCUCCAUAUACCAUGUUGAGAAUCAACACAAUUGAAAUUAAAGGCAAAGUCAAUGAGAAGAAAGAUGUUGAAGGAAUUGAGGAAAGGAUAUUUUAAAGUGCUCGAAGCAUUGAAAAAUAACACUUUUCUAUUCACUAGUGUGUGACAGUGACAUGAAUGUGAUGAGUAAUGUACAUAAUGUUACGAUAUUUCCACGCAACUUAAAUAAAUAUUUUUUAACAUUAAA